AGUCACGGAGACGUACCCGUUGAUUGGGAUGAGUGUUUUCACAGGGGCGAUGCGAGAGAGUCUGCGUGGCUAUCACGGUGCCGUCUGGAGCUCGUACGGGCUGUGACGCAAUCCGAUCGAUGUCGCGUCGCCGUGACGAUCCUUCUCGGUUUCUUGCCUAUGGCAGGUACGAAAGGACCUCUCGCAAAUCAAGGACCUACCGAAACGCCUAUACAGCUGCAGGCAUUCUCCAUCCGUGUCCUGUUCGGAGAUGUUUGCAGUGCGGGAGGCCGGGGCAUGUUCGUCGCGAGCACGAAUCGCGAGUUACUUUCACUUUGACUAGCAAUGCCAUUCAUUUAGAUUGCAUAGAAGACGAUGCUAGGAAUUGAAUAGAUGUCAAAUGUCGAAUGCUCUAUGCUGUUGCCCUUGUUGUUGAAGCAGGUUGUUGAAGCAGGCU